AUGCCUCGCUUCUCCGAUGCUGACCUCGGCGGCGACAAUACCAGCCCCAGUGGUCCUCCCCCUGCCCCCAGCGACGGUGCUUCUCGCGAGGGCCAGCCCGGUGUCACCAUCCCCGUCGACAACCACAACCACACCAUUGAGAUCCCUGCCACUCGCAGCUCCAUCAGUGAUACUCAUAUGCAGCGCCUGAGCCUGUCUCCCUCCAUGCGGGACCGCCGGGGUUCUCGCAACUCCUUUGGUGUCUCUCUGCCCAUCCCCGUUCCCCGCGCAGGUCGCGUGCAGGACACCCACAAGGAGAAGGUCGAGAAGGUCAAGAACAUGUGCUUCGCUUUCGACAUUGACGGUGUGCUGGCACACGGCAACAUCGCGAUCGAAGAGGCCAAGACUGUCCUGAAGAUUCUGAACGGCGACAACGAGCUCGGCAUCCAAUUCCCCUAUAUCCUCCUCACCAACGGUGGUGGUAAGACCGAGGAAGCCCGCUGCCAGCAGCUGUCUGAGGUCCUGGGCUUCCCCAUUUCCACCGACCAGUUCAUCCAGUCUCACACUCCCAUGCAGGCUCUUGCGGAGUACUACGACAACGUCCUAGUCUGCGGUGGCGAGAGCAACAACAUCCGUGGCGUUGCCGAGAACUACGGUUUCAAGAACGUCGUUAUCCCCAAGGAUAUCCUCGCCUGGGACCCCACUAUCUCCCCUUGCCGCAAGUUCACCGAGGAGGAGAAGAAGGAGGCUAAGGUCCGUGACUUCGCCAAUUUCAAGUUCGACGCCAUCAUGUGUUUCGCCGAGUCCCACGAUCAGAGCACUGAGUACCAGAUCAUUCUGGAUCUGCUCCUUUCCGCCAACGGCCGCCUCCUCACCCGCGCCAAGGAUCCCGCCGCCCGCGAUGCCGUUGCCGGCCACAUCCCCAUCUACUUCUCACAGGGUGAUCUGCUUUGCCCCACCGAGCACAAGGGUCCCCCUCGUCUGCACCUGGGUGCCUUCCGCGUUGCCCUGGAGGCUCAGUACAAGGCUCUGACCGGCCGUGACCUCGAACGUAUCGUCUACGGUAAGCCCGAGCGUGCUACCUACAUCGUCGCCGACGAAGUCAUCAAGUCCUGGAUGGAGGAGAUUCACGGCCAGAAGACCCUGCCCGAGAACAUCUACAUGAUCGGAGACAACCCCCAGUCCGACAUCAUCGGUGGUAACCUGUACGGAUGGAACACCUGUCUCGUCCGCACCGGUGUCUUCCAGGGCGGCAAGAACGACAUUAACAACCCUGCCAACUUCGGUGUCUUCGACCACGUCCUCGACGCCGUCAAGGCUGCCAUCAAGAAGGAGCUUGGCGACGACUUCAAGUUCGAGUGGAACCCUCCCAACCCCACUGCCACUGCUUCCUCCGCUAUCCUGGAGUAA